CUUAAGUAGUUGAAAAAGUCUAAGAAUAUGAAUUAUGAAGUAUCCAAAAAAUUUACCUGAUCAAUAUUGGUUUAAUUUGUGUACACAAAUUUCCUUAUGGGUGUUUUCUAUUUCUAUUAAAACCGCUCCCUAAAGAAAAAGUUGGUAUUUAUUCACAAAAUUAACAAACAAAUUUUCUUCUCAUGAGCUACCUUAGAGGGAAAUUAGAAAUGGGGUACUGCCAAUUCUUUUGGGUAUUUUCAUUGCUUUGUAUGUCUUGCUUUGAACUCCCUACUCAUGGAGGUGUGGUUCAAUGUAAGGAAACGGAGAGAAGAGCGUUGCUACGAAUCAAACACGAUAUACAAUAUGAUCGUUGUGGGCUGCUAUCUUCAUGGGGUGACGGUAAAGAACACCGACUAGACUGCUGUCAGUGGGAAGGUGUGAGCUGCAAUAACCAUACCGGUCAGGUUGUUGCGCUCCGUCUUGGUGGGGUGCGAACGAAUAGCCUCAAUGCUCGUUGUCUAGUAGGUAGUGUGAGUAAUUCUUUACACGAGCUCGAGUAUUUGAAGUACUUGGACCUUAGUUUCAAUGACUUCAAACAACAGCCUAUUCCCACCUUUAUCGGUUCCCUUACCAAUUUACGACAUCUCAAUCUCUCGAAUGCUAAUUUUAAGCAAGAGAUUCCUCGUACACUUGGGAAUCUCUCGAAAUUGGUAUCUCUUGACCUUAAUUGUCAACUGAAUCAUCCCUUAGAUCGCCCAUAUGUCAAAAACUUGUGGUGGCUUUCGGGUUUAACAUUGUUGACAUACAUCGAUAUGAGUGGAAUCCAUCUUAGUCGAGUUACUGGCUGGUUCGAGAUUGUCAAUAGUCUACCUUAUUUAACUGUCCUUAAGAUGAAUGAAUGUCAGAUACCUGAAACUACAUUUCCAUCAUCAUUAUCAUAUGUUAAUGCCACAACCAGUCUUAAAACGGUUAGCCUUUCGAGUAAUAAUUUUGGUAGUUCGAUAUUCAAGUGGUUAUUUAGUUUGCGCGGCAUUAAUACUAGUCUCGUACACCUUGAUCUCUCGUACUGCUUCAUUGAAGGUGGGUUCCCGGCUAGUAUUGCUGACAUGAACUCACUCUCAUAUCUCAAUUUAGGGCUAAAUCAUAUGGAUGGUUCAAUAUCCAAGUCGAUUUGGAACAUGAAAAAUCUUUCUUUUCUCUGUUUAAGUUGGAAUUCACUUUUUGGUUCUAUUUCAUUACCCGACACUCAAACAAUCUCAAACAAUAAGCUCACACAUCUCGACUUGUCGGGCAAUUUUUUUGAAGUGAGUACUACUCUUUUGAAAAUACUUAGUCAGUUAUGUGGCUUAAGGGAAGUGGGCUUAAGUAGCAAAAGCCUACCCUUUGAGUUUUCAGCCAUUAUGCAAUCCUUGUCUGUAUGCUCACUCCACACAUUAGAGUCUUUAGAUUUAAGUAAUAAUCUGAUUUGGGGUUCCAUUCCUGAUAUGAUGAGUUCAUUUUCUGCACUAAGGGAGUUAUUACUGUAUGGUAAUAAACUCAAUCAAACGAUUAGUCGCGCAAUCGGACAGCUAUCUAUGCUUGAGGACUUGGAUCUUUCUUUCAAUGCAUUGUCGGGUACUUUUUCACACCACCAUAUGUUGAAUCUUUCGAGAUUACAUACACUAUCAUUGUCAGGAAACCCGGCACUGGUGGUGAAUGUUAGUGAUGAUUGGAUCCCUCCGUUUCAGAUGGACUCCUUAUCUUUGGGUUCUUGCAAGUUGGGACCUUAUUUUCCAAAGUGGCUUCUAACCCAAACUAAGUUUUCUUGGCUUGACAUAUCUGAUACCGCAAUUGCAGAUGCUGUUCCGGUCUCUUUUUGGAGCUCAUUGCCACCAAACCUCGAACUUUUGGAUAUGUCUCAUAAUAGUAUUUAUGGGACCAUUCCGGAAGUGUUUGUUCGCUUUCAGGCCCUCCCGCGAAUAAACAUAAGCACAAACCUUUUCACCGGAGCAAUACCAUCGUUUCUAGUUAAUGCCUCAAUGUUGUACCUAGAUCAUAACCUAUUUUCCGACCUGAUCCCUUUUUUUUGUCCCAAAUUCAAUACCUCCUUAACUUAUAUAGACCUUUCAAACAACUUAUUUUCAGGGCAACUCCCAAAUUGUUGGAACUUUUUCGACCAAUUAACAACCCUGUACUUGGAUAACAAUCAGCUUUCAGGAAACCUUCCGGUGUCAAUGAGCGCGCUUACAAACCUCCAAGCAUUGCACUUGCGUAACAAUAGUCUUUCGGCCACUAGUCUUACGCCAUUAGAGAAGUGUACAUCCUUGGUUAUUCUUGAUCUUGCUUAUAAUUCACUAAGUGGGUAUAUAACCCCUGUGAUUUGGAACAGUUUACAGAAUCUUGGGGUACUUAUCCUAAGAAGUAACAACUUUGUUGGGCAUCUACCUUCAAGUCUUUGUGAACUUUCCCAUCUCCAAAUCUUGGACCUUUCGCAUAAUCGAAUCUCUGGGGCUAUUCCUUCAUGUAUAUACAAUCUUACUGCUAUGAGCAACGCGACUGAUCUCUUGCCAACAAUUGGUAUUACGGGCAUUUAUAGAUCCUCCGAUUCUUCAAGAGUUAUGUGGAAAAGAGAAGAGCAGAGAUUCGGUAAUUCUUUGGGAUUAAUCAAAGCAAUCGAUCUUUCGAACAAUAAGCUCCUAGGGGAAAUUCCUCGUGGAAUUUCCCAUCUUACGGGAUUAGUUUCUUUAGACUUGUCUCGAAACAAUUUGAAUGGAAGUGUCCCUUCGGAAUUUGGAGAGUUCAGAUAUCUUGAAUUGCUUGAUUUGUCGAAAAAUCACCUCACGGGCAAAAUACCUCCCACGCUUGCAGAGUUGACUUAUUUGUCGAUUUUGGAUUUGUCGAACAACAACUUAUUGGGGAAAAUUCCACCGGGCACUCAGUUACAGUUGUUUAAUGGUUCUGCAUAUUCAGGGAACCCUGAACUCUGCGGAGAUCCCCUCCCCAAAUGUCCAGGCGAUGUGCCUCCUUCUAGUUCGCUGAAUGAUACCACUCGAGGCAACGAUAAUGGAAACGAUAUGUUUCCUGGAUUAUACAUAAGUGUGUUGCUGGGAUUUGUUGUUGGAUUCUGGGGAGUUUGUGGAACUUUGGUGAUCAAAACAUCUUGGAGACAUGCCUUUUUCAAGUUCUUUGAUAGCAUGAAAUGUUGACCCUUAGAAGCUUGCAUUACUAGGCCAGGAAUGAUAUAUUAGAACAGGAUUUAGUUCAAGUUUCGAUCCAGGGCACCUCAAUUACUAUUUAUCGAGAACUUAGCUGCUUUUUCUAUCUUUGUUGAUGACUUGAUAAUGAUGUAUUUUUUUCAUUUUUAGCAAACAAUAUUUUAUCAGAUGUAAUAUUUACUUUUGUUUUAAACAGUUUCAGUUUUUAUGAUUAAAAGUUUUAACAGUUCGGCAUUUUGAGACUUCCGCAAUAUUCUUGUAUUAAACAUUAUUAAUAUUAUUAAAUAUUAAUUAUGUAUCGAGAUUGCCGCUCCUGUUACAGAAACCGUCUCUCACAA